UUCCGUGCGCCUUCCUGCUGCCAGCAAAGAGCAGGACACUGUGAAACACUCCGGGAAAAUAAUACGAAGUGAACAUCUGCGUCCCGGACUAAUACAUCUCCUUACAUGCUGACUGUUGAGUGAAUACUAGACGAGCGUCACGAGCUCCUCUCGCGGACACACGGAGCUGUUUUCUGGGAUACAGUCGCAUCACCCGGAGCCGGUCAGAGUUGUGUCAGUCACCCAUGAGAACUGACCGCUGAAGUGUGUGUGUGUGUGUGUGUGGGGUUCUGACCCUCUUUAGGGAUGUGUCAUGGCAUCGGUUCGGGUGGCAGUGCGGGUCCGGCCCAUGAACAGACGGGAGAAAGAUCUGUCUGCCAAAUGCAUCAUCGAAAUGGAAGGCAACAAAACCACCAUCACUAACUUAAAAAUACCAGACGGAGUGACUGGAGACUCUGUAAGAGAGAGAACGAAGACUUUCACAUAUGAUUUCUCUUACGACUCUUCGGACUGUAAGAACGGCAGCUUUGUGUCUCAGGAGAAGGUGUUCAGGGACCUGGGCACUGAUGUGUUAAAGGCAGCGUUUGAAGGAUAUAAUGCCUGCAUCUUUGCUUAUGGCCAGACUGGAUCAGGGAAGUCACACACCAUGAUGGGCAUCCCUGGUGACGUCGGGCUGAUCCCACGGAUCUGUGAAGGAUUAUUCAGCCGAAUUUCAGGAAUGACUCGGAGAGAUGAAGCCUCUUUCCGUACAGAGGUCAGCUAUUUGGAGAUUUACAAUGAACGGGUGCGGGACUUGUUAAGGAGAAAGAUGGCAGAGACGUAUAACCUCAGAGUCAGAGAGCAUCCUAAAGAAGGACCCUAUGUAGAAGACCUGUCGAAGCACCUCGUGCAGAACUAUAAUGAUGUGGAGGAGCUGAUGGAGGCGGGAAACAUCAACCGCACGACUGCCAGCACCGGCAUGAACGACACUAGCAGCCGCUCACACGCCAUCUUCACCAUCAACUUCACACAGGCUAAGUUUGAUGCUGAGAUGCCGAGUGAGACGCUCAGCAAGAUUCACCUGGUGGACCUGGCAGGAAGUGAGAGGGCCGAUGCCACCGGAGCCACGGGUGUCCGGCUCAAAGAGGGCGGCAAUAUCAACAAAUCACUGGUCACUCUGGGAAAUGUCAUCUCCGCCUUAGCUGAUCUGUCACUGGAAGGAGGGAACAGUCAUUUGAAGAAGAAGCAGGUGUUUGUUCCUUACAGGGACUCUGUGCUCACGUGGCUCCUGAAGGACAGUCUGGGAGGAAACUCAAAGACCAUCAUGAUUGCUACUGUAUCGCCUGCGGACGUCAACUACGGCGAGACGCUGAGCACGCUGCGCUAUGCUAAUCGUGCCAAAAACAUCAUCAACAAACCCACGAUUAAUGAGGAUUCCAACGUUAGACUUAUACGAGAACUGCGGGCGGAGAUCGCUCGGCUGAAAGCACUACUCGUGCAGGGAAAUCAGAUAGCCCUGCUCGAUUCCCCCACAGCGUUAAGUAUGGAGGAGGAACUGCACCAUAAUGAAGCCAGGGUGUUGGAGCUGACCAAGGAAUGGACGAACAAAUGGAACGAAACGCAGAACAUCCUGAAGGAGGAGACUCUGGCUCUGAGGAAGGAGGGAAUCGGAGUGAUCCUGGAUUCGGAGCUGCCUCAUCUCAUCGGGAUUGAUGAUGAUCUGCUCAGCACGGGCAUCAUUCUCUAUCACUUAAAGGAGGGAAGGACAUACGUUGGCCGUGAUGAUGCCACUACCGAACAGGACAUCAUUCUUCAUGGUUUGGGUCUGGAGAGUGAGCACUGUCUGAUAGAGAAUCAGAAUGGCACGGUCACUCUUAUUCCUCUGAACGACGCUCAGUGUUCAGUCAAUGGCGUUCAGAUCACUGAGCCCUGCCAGCUCAACCAAGGUGCCGUCAUGCUCCUCGGCAGAACCAAUAUGUUCAGAUUCAAUCAUCCUAAAGAGGCAGCUAAACUUCGGGAGAAGAGAAAGAGCGGCCUCCUCACCAGUCUGAGCCUAUCCAUGUCUGAUCUGUCCAAGUCCUGUGAAAACCUCUCCACAGUCAUGCUGUAUAACCCUGGUCUCUUCACUGAAAAGGGUCCCAUCUUUCUCAGACUGGAGUUUGAAAGGCAGCAAAGAGAAGAACUGGAAAAACUGGAAAAUAAAAGGCGGCUGAUAAAGGAGAUGGAGGAGAAGCAGAAGUGUGAGAAGGCGGAGCUUGAGCGCAUGCAGCAGGAGGUGGAGUCUCAGAGGAAGGAGUCUGAGGAGGUGCAGCUGCGCAUCCGCAGACAGGAGGAGAGCCUGCACAGACGCAGUCAGGACAUCGAGGGCCGCCUCCGAGACUUGAUCGCUGAGAAAGAGAGGUUUCAGGAGGAGAGACACCGAGAGCAGAAGGAACAGGAACAGCAGAAACAGAGGAGACUGCACCCGAAGCAGAAGCUGAAGGAGAAGAAGGAGGAGGUGCAGGAGGAGGAUCUGGAGGAGGACGAAAAGACUCAGGCCCAGCGAGAUCGAGCAGAACAAACCGAGCUCCUUCGUGAACUGGAGCGGCUCAAACGAGAGCGCGUGGAGCAGGCCAUCAAACUCCAGCUGGAGCACAGGCGUCUGGAGGAGCGAGAGAAGGAGCAGCUGAGUCUGGUUGGGCGUCUGGAGGAGCAGCUGAGGGAGCGCAGCGAGGAGGCGGCCGCCCUGCUCACGCCGGAUGAAGCGCGCCGACUGGAGGACGAUAGACGGACGCUCACCGAGCUCAGGGAGGAGCUGCUCAGAGCCAAGGAGGCGCGGAUCGAUGGAGAGGAGGAGGGCGGGGAGGAGGCCCGGAGGAGCGUGCAGGCUCGGUAUGAACACUUCAAACUGAUGCAGGUGGAGGAGCUGAGUUUGCUGGAGGAGUCACUGAUCCAGCAGAAGGACGGACUGGAGCGGGAGGUGACCCAUGAGCGCACGUCUCUCGGCCUGCUGCUGCACACGCACAAGGACAAACAGAGACAGGUCUGUGAUAUGAUGGAGCGCGGCGUUCAGGACGUGUCCUUUCUGGGUCAGGAGGAGGCUCUGAUCCAACAGGCCGAACACAGGCUGCAGUUUAAAGAGAGACAGCUCCAGUCUCUCUGUGAGAAACACCUCCCUGCUGUCUCAGAGGAGCGACAGAGAGCCAUUGAGCUACUGGAGAGAGUUAGAGGAGGAACAGGGUCUCCUGGUUUGGACGGAAGUCCAGAAGCUAUGGACAAAGAGCUGGAUGAGACUCUAUAUCAGGUAGAGAAGGAGCUGGAGGAGAAGGAGGAGCGUUUGUCUCAGUACAGCACGAGCGCAGAACAGCUCCAGCAGCUCCAGCAGUCGUACGAGUUCACAGCAAACGUGGCCCGUCAGGAGGAGAAGGUCCGCAGGAAGGAGAAGGAGAUCCUGGAGUGGAAGGAGAGACAGCAGCGGGAGGCUCUGGAGCAGGCGGUCGCACGCUUGGAGAAGAGACACUCCGCUUACCGCAGGAGCCUCAGUCUGGAGCCGGACGCCGAAGGGCCCCGAAAGAGGUCACAGUCCGCUCUAGGACCGAGCACUUCCAGGCUUACAGGAACACAAGACCUGGACCAGGACAGGAUGGAGCGAGAGAUCGCACAGCUGAAGCAGAGGAUCAGUGAGAGUGAAGGAAGUGUGCGGAGUCUCAGUGUGAGCGGGGAAGAUAAAAACAGUGUGAACCAGUCGCCCGUCAGCCCAAUACAGACCCUCCCGACUGUGCUGUCUAUAGGAGACGAGAGGAUUAACACAUAUAUUGAAGAAGAGGUGCAGCGGAGACUGCAGAAACUGAACCUGAGGAACAGAGAGAAUAACAACACACUGUCACUGUCUUCAGACUCACUGCAGGAGGAGGAGCAGGAUAGUGAGGGUAGCUCUGUUAGAUUGACGGAUGAGGAGAGCGAUAAAAAACGCAUCGAUCAACGCAAACUGAAAUACGAGCGGCUGGUGUCAGUUCCUCUGGAUCCGAGUCCGGAGAGUCUUAAAGAUCCAGUCAGGAUCAGUAUUCCCCGUUAUGUCCUUUGCGGGCAGGGAAAAGAUGAACACUUUGAGUUCGAAGUCAAGAUCACUGUGUUAGAUGAAACGUGGACAGUGUUCAGAAGAUACAGUCGUUUUCGGGAGAUGCACAAAUCUCUGAAGCUGAAAUAUCCAGAGCUCGCGGUGUUGGACUUCCCUCCCAAAAAGAUUUUUGGAAACCGAGAUGAGCGAAUGGUUGCAGAACGCCGGAAUCAGUUGGAGCAAUACCUGCGGAACUUCUUCCACGUGAUGAUGUCAUCCUCGGCCUCUUCUCCUCUGAGAACAGACGAGUUUGGACUACACCUCUCAAAACACGCCGUGUGCAGCAUCUCUCCUUUCUUUAAGAAGGGAGUGUUUGACUACAGCAGUCACGGGACGGGCUGACACACUCACACACAACAAUUAAACAAUUAAAACACUCAAUAGAUAAAUACAAACUGACUCCCAGAAAGUGAAAGUACAGCCAAAAGAAAAAAAAAUAAGAAAUUGUAUUCAGCUUAAAGAAAAUCAAGCCUGAGAACGUUGCAUUGUGAUAUUGUUUUCAUGACAAGCAUAUUUUUCAUAUGACAUUCUCAUUAUACUAUACACUUUGAGGUUUAACUUAAGGUUGUUGUUUUUUUUCAAGUGUGAUUCCCAUAGUAAUAUAGAUUUUUAUUUUAAAUUCUGUGUUAAAGUUAAAAAUUCUAUUUCUUUUUAAGUAGCAUACAUUUAAAUAACAGUACGACAAGACUGCCAUGGUGUAUGAAUAAUUUACAUUUUAAAUAUAAUAUAAUUAUUAUUGUCAUGAAAAUAAUAUCAUAAUGAAAAAAAAAAAUCUAAAUUAGGCUUUUUUUUUUUUUUUUGAGGUGAAAUAUGACCUGGGUUCAUGCAGACACGUGUGCACUCAUUUAGGAAAUCUGAAAAUCGAGCAGGAAAGGUAAGAGUGACUUGAAAUGGAAAAAAUUUAUGGUGAAAAAAAGGAUCCAAAGAUUUGUUUGUGCCUUGUUGGCAUUAAUUGAGCUUUAAAUGCUACAAACAUAAACUGACAACAGAUGACGUCUUGUGUUUACAUCGAGGACCGUGAAGCCUGUUUCUGUGCACAGACAGGACGUCCUGUAGCUGCUGCUUGGGUUAGUGAUCAUGCUCUUGUUGUAGUUGAUGCGGACAGUAUAAUCAAUCUCCUCUACUUUAGUCUGGAUGUAGAUGAUGAAAACCGCAACCUGUUACCGGCUCCAGUCCAUAUCUACUCCAGAUUAAAUGAAUUACAGCAAAUCUGUACUAAUAUCUAUGAUACUCAGGCUAACGUUGAGCAGAUUAUUAUUAUUUUUAUAUAACCACUAAGAUGUCAAAGCUCACAAAAUAGAAUAUGAAGUGUGAACUUAUGUCUUCCAGCAAAACGACUAAUGCUCCUGGUUCAGAGCUACUGUCUUACUCAACACCCUUGAUGAAGUUUAAGUAGAACAGGCUAUAAUAUGUCCACUGAUAACUAUUGAACACUAUAAAGCCAUAUAAAUGUAUAUGUAAAUGUAAUUUACACUUGAUGUGUACAGAGGAGUUUGUCAUGAACAUCUCAUGAUGUUUGGAGGAAAGGGAUGUACUGCUAUAGUAGCCAUUAAGAUCUUCUUGAUCAUUAGAGCACUUGUUUCCUCUAAAAGAGAACUGACUGAGAGUAAGAUUUAUACAUUUGCUUUUUUAUUUCUGGAACUGAAUGUAAUAAUUUGUGAGUGACAUGACUUGGUAACUCAGUUUUAGAGAGUAACAUGAAUUGUUUAGCACCGUAUUAAAAUCAUUGGUUAUUUAUGUUGUAAUGAGUACAUUUGUCAAAGAAGCUUUUGCAAAAUUCAGCUUGUUGAUGCAACAUUUCUGUGUAAUCAUGUUCAUGUAAGUAAAGCAGAUCCAGAGUUGAUCUGAAAGAUAAAACGUCUUCCUGUC